GAUGACGGCAGAAUGGCCCCGUGGAAAGGUCGUGAAUGUUGCUGUGGAGGGCGAGAUGUUUGAGGCGAACGGGCGAAGACAUCUUCUUCACGGUGAUUGCAAGGAAUUUUCUUGGGACGAUGGAACAAUACAGACGGUGCAGAGUAUUGAAAAGAACGUGGUCUCGUGGACUACGAGCCAUCCGAACCCUGCCUGGCAGCAGCUGAGGUGGAUCUGCACUCCUCAAUGUGAGCAAGCAGGUUGCCAUGAUAUGACACUGGCAAAUGAAGGGGCAUACCGAUGCGCCACUUGCGCAUCAUCUGGAAUUGGAAAGCACUGGCACUGCAAUGAGCAUGAUAUUCACCUGUGUCCAAACUGUUCGGAGCUUCCCCCGGAAGCGCCAACGCUUGGGGUGGCUGCCAAAUACUUGGUGGAGCAGUUUUCAACCUUGGCAAUACGUGCUACCGGCAAGGAGAGCCCCAACUUCUACGAGAUUUGCCCUGUUCUGGCGUGCGGUUUGGGCUACCAGAAAACAUGCCCUAGAGAUGGCCUGCCUCACUGCAGCAUUGUGGACGCCUUGGAUGACGACUGCAGCGGAAGAGUCACCCACUUCAUUUCCUGGUGCUGGCGCUAUACGCUGAAGGAUUUCGUCAGCGCGGUAAAUGGCUGGCUGAAGAAGACUGGCGCAGAUCCUGCGCUGUCUUUCUUGUGGGUGUGCUUCUUCUGCAAUAAUCAAUAUCGCAUCAUCCAGGAGGCCACGCAGACGGGAAGUCAUGAGCUGAAGUCCGUCUUUGAGUCGCAUCUGGCGAAAGCCGGUCGAAUGCUGGUGCUCUUGGACUCUAUCGUAUCACCGGCAUAUAUCACGCGAGCUUGGUGUAUCUUCGAGAGCUAUGUUUGCAUUGAACAGAACAUCCCGAUGACAAUCAUCCUUCCCAGCUCGGCUGAAACCUUUUUCAUGGAUGCAGUGGCACGUGGGCAGAUUGACACCCUGAAUCGAGCGCUGGAUGCUCUGGAUGUGCGGGACGCGAAGGCUUCGCAGCGGGCGGAUGAGGAUUUGAUCAAGAGGCUCAUCCUCACCAGCAUUGGCUUUGAUGCAGUCAACCAGGCGGUGCGGUCACGAUUGGAAGACCAGCUGACUACUCUGUUCCGUCAGAUGCUAACAAGGCAGCGACCCCGCUGA